AUGCGCAUGUAUGAAGUCCUCUUUGCUUGUCCGGAUCAGCUCACAAAGGAACUCUCCAAAUUUGAGAGACUUCAAGAGGAUAUUCAAAAUAAGUUAUGUUCUCCAUAUGUGCCAGUGUUAAGGGAUGAUUACAUAGAAAUAUUGGAACUGUAUAAGGCAGGGGGAAAGACAGCCAUUAAACUUGCUGUCACUUUUGACCCAACAUUCAAGGCCACUAUACAUGUUCACAGGAAAAAACUCCCUCAGGAUCAUGAUUUAUGGGAUGGUCUUCCUCAAAGUUUCGACACAUACUCUAAAGUUCAACUGUUACUUGAUAGACUGAACAAGUAUGUUGUGUGUAUAGGGAACCCUGAUGAAGAGUAUCAAGAUCUGGUCCCUGUUGGUACUGCACUGACAUCUGGAAAUUCUUCAGAAGUUCAUGCGUACAGAGAAGGUGACUUUGGUGCGGAAUUGGGAAAGGUAACAUACAGUUCCACCAUCAGGGCAAUGAACUGUCCAAUGUUAGUGGAGGGGCCAAGAUGCUGUAGUUGUGCGUCGUAUAGAAGGUGUUUGCGAACUAGGAAACAGCGUCUUGCAGAAAAAGAUAAUUUGUUGGACAUAGAUCUGAUUCAUAGCAGGUACAAACACAAAGACAUGAGUAGGCAAAUGUUGAUUUCCAAAAUUAAUCAACAGAAAUCUUGUAUCAAAAGCAUGCAGCACCAGAUAGACAAGCAAAGACGAGACAUAGAUAGAGAGAUUUUGAGAAGUGGCAUAAGCAUUCCCGAUCAUCAAAAUCAGGAAAUGUCGGACUUGUUUAGUGUUUGUAGGGAGGACAUGGAGAAGGCAUUUCCAGACCCAAAUUCUUUGCAAAUAUUACUCUGGGAGCAGCAGAUGAAAUUUUCAAGAUCAGGGAAAAACGGAAUGAGAUGGCACCCAAUGAUAAUCAAGUGGUGUUUAUAUCUUAGACACAAAUCUUCGAAAGCUUAUGAUGUCUUAAGAGACUCUGGAUUUAUCAUUUUACCAAGUGCUAGAACUCUAUUUGAUUAUUCUCACUAUACCGCAAGUGCUUUAGGAUUCCAAGGGGAUGUUGUCCAAAUGCUGCAGGAGGAAGCAUCAAAGAAAGAAAUGUUUUCUAAGGAAGAACCGUACAAGUGCUAUGUAGGAAUCCUUUUUGACGAAAUAAGAAUAAAGGAAGAUCUAGUGUAUGACAAGCACACUGGAGAACUGGUUGGCUACUGCAACUUGGAUAAAGUGGGCAACCAGAUUUUACAGCUACAGAAAUUAUCAGAUAAUGAGGGAAGUGUUACAGCAAAAAACAUGCUUGUGCUUAUGGUGCGUGGUGUGUCAACAGACUUGAAGUUUCCUCUGGCUGGAUUUGCAACCUUAAGUAUUACUGCUGACUUUUUAUAUCCCAUCAUAUGGAAAGCGAUAGAUAUUGUUGAAAUCAUCAAUCUAAAAGUGCUAUUUUUGACAUGUGAUGGUGCAUCAUCAAACAGAAAAAUUUUUGACAUGCAUAAAGUGUCUGAAGACCAAGUGUUAGUUUAUUCAACAGUCAACCCCAGAGACAAAAGUCGAAAAAUAUUUUUUAUAUCUGAUGUUCCUCAUCUGAUGAAGACAACUAGAAACUGUUUCAGCAAUUCCAAUGCCCACAAAAACACCCGAAAGCUGUGGAAAGAUGGCAAGGAUAUAUCGUGGCUUCAUAUUCUAAAACUUUAUGAGGAACAUUGUGAACUUUCUCUGUACAGUCCAUGUCCGAAGCUUACACGCGCACAUGUUGACAUGACAGCUUUUGGAUGUAUGAAGGUUAAUCUCGCAGCACAAGUGCUGAGCAGUUCUGUGGGAAAUGCUUUGGAGGAAUUGUAUGGUGACUCUGUCAAUGAAACUGUGGCUUUCAUAAGAAAUUUCAACAAAUUUUUUGAUUGUUUGAAUGUGCGGAGGUAGGAAUAAGAGAAAUCCUGAUCUGAAUCCAUACAAGCAAAUAACAGACCCAAGGUUAGAUUGGUUGAAAAGUGACUUUUUGGGAUAUCUAGAUAACUGGAAUGUGUGUGUCGAAAACCGACACGGAGACUUCAACCAGAAUCAGUGCAACAGAAUGAAGUUGAGUAAACAGACAAUAGAUGGACUUAAAAUUAGUGUUAAUUCAAUUACAGAAUGUGUAAAAGUAAUGCUGAAUGCAGGUGCAAACUUUGUUCUGACACACCAUUUCAAUCAGGACCCAAUUGAACAACACUUUGGACAUUAUCGUCACAGAG